AGCCGCGCCUGUGUGCGGACGCUCGCCCGCCCUUGGGCGCUCCUGUCUCUGGGUGCCCCCCACUUCCAAUCGUUCCUCUGGGAGGGGGAGGAGUGGCUGCGGGGAGUGAGAGACGAGCGGGCAGGCAGAGGAGAAGGGAGGGGGGCAGAGGGAGGGGGACCGGGCCGGGGGAGGAGGAGAGAGGCGAGGAGGCGGCUCCGGCAGCGCGCGGCGGCGGCGGCGGCGCGGAGAGCUUGGACUGGGAGCCCAGAGCUCGGCUGGGCAGCGGGAGAGGAGGAGCCGCAGUUCCUGCGGCUCUGCCAGCUUGGGCCGAGCCUAGAGACACCGGCCUGGCUGGUCCACGCCAGCCGCAGACAGAGGCUGAGCAUGGAGCUGUCCCCCCGCAGCCCUCCCGAGAUGCUGGAGUCGGAUUGCCCGUCACCCCUGGAGCUGAAGUCAGCCCCCAGCAAGAAGAUGUGGAUUAAGCUUCGGUCUCUGCUGCGCUACAUGGUGAAGCAGCUGGAGAACGGGGAGGUCAACAUUGAGGAGCUGAAGAAAAACCUGGAGUACACAGCUUCCCUGCUGGAGGCCGUCUAUAUAGAUGAGACGCGGCAAAUCCUGGACACGGAGGAUGAGCUGCAGGAGCUGCGGUCGGAUGCUGUGCCUUCGGAGGUGCGGGACUGGCUGGCCUCCACCUUCACCCAGCAGGCCCGGGCCAAAGGCCGCCGGGCAGAGGAGAAGCCCAAGUUCCGGAGCAUCGUGCACGCUGUGCAGGCUGGGAUCUUCGUGGAACGGAUGUUCCGGAGAACAUACACCUCUGUGGGCCCCACCUACUCCACUGCGGUCCUCAACUGUCUCAAGAACCUGGACCUCUGGUGCUUUGAUGUCUUUUCCUUGAACCGAGCAGCAGAUGACCACGCGCUGAGGACCAUUGUUUUUGAGUUGCUGACUCGGCAUAACCUCAUCAGCCGCUUUAAGAUUCCCACUGUGUUUUUGAUGACUUUCCUGGAUGCCUUGGAGACGGGCUAUGGGAAGUACAAGAACCCUUACCACAACCAGAUCCACGCAGCUGACGUUACCCAGACAGUCCAUUGCUUCCUGCUCCGCACGGGGAUGGUGCACUGCCUGUCAGAGAUCGAGCUCUUGGCCAUCAUCUUUGCUGCAGCCAUCCACGACUACGAGCACACAGGCACCACCAACAGCUUCCACAUCCAGACCAAGUCGGAGUGUGCCAUCCUGUACAAUGACCGCUCGGUGCUGGAGAAUCACCACAUCAGCUCUGUUUUCCGGAUGAUGCAGGACGACGAGAUGAACAUUUUCAUCAACCUCACCAAGGAUGAGUUCGUAGAGCUGCGGGCCCUGGUCAUCGAGAUGGUGUUGGCUACAGACAUGUCCUGCCAUUUCCAGCAAGUGAAGUCCAUGAAGACGGCCUUGCAGCAGCUGGAGAGGAUUGACAAGUCCAAGGCACUGUCUCUACUGCUGCAUGCUGCUGACAUCAGCCACCCAACCAAGCAGUGGUCAGUUCACAGCCGCUGGACCAAGGCCCUCAUGGAGGAGUUCUUCCGCCAGGGUGACAAGGAGGCAGAGCUGGGCCUGCCCUUUUCCCCAUUGUGUGACCGCACUUCCACUCUCGUGGCACAGUCCCAGAUUGGAUUCAUCGACUUCAUUGUGGAGCCCACGUUCUCUGUGCUGACGGAUGUGGCCGAGAAGAGCGUUCAGCCCCUGGCGGAUGAGGACUCCAAGUCUAAAAACCAGCCGAGCUUCCAGUGGCGGCAGCCUUCUCUGGAUGUGGAAGUGGGAGACCCCAACCCUGACGUGGUCAGCUUCCGCUCCACCUGGACCAAAUACAUUCAGGAGAACAAGCAGAAAUGGAAGGAACGGGCAGCAAGUGGCAUCACCAACCAGAUGUCCAUUGACGAGCUGUGCCCCUGUGAGGAAGAGGCCCCGCCCUCCCCUGCCGAAGAUGAACAUAACCAGAAUGGGAAUCUGGACUAGCCUGGGGCUGGCCCAGGUCCUCACUGAGUCCAGAGUGUUCAGUAUCAUCAGCACCAUCCAUCGGGACUGGCUCCCCCAUCUGCUCCAAGGGAGCACAGAGGUCGCGGAAGAGACAACCCACCCGAAGGCCAAAUGCCAGAGAUUGUGGGGUUGGGGGAAGGGCCCCUCCCCACCCGACACCCACUGGGGUGCACUGUAAUCUCCCGGCAGCAAACUGGGGAACUUCAGGCUCCCAGUGGUCACUGUGCCCAUCCCCCUGCCUCUGGACUCCCCCCAUGGCCAGAUGGCUGGCUGGGUGGGGGAAGCUUCCUGGAGGCUUCCCAGGGCCUGAGGGGAGGGUCAGAGAUGCCAGCCCCCGGGCCCUCCCCCAUCCCUUUUGCCUCCAAGUUUCUAAGCAAUACAUUUUGGGGGUUCCCUCAGUCCCCCACCCAGAUCUUAGCUGGCAGAUCUGGGUCCCCCUUUUCCUCCCCUGGGAGGGGCUGGAAUAGGAUGGAAAGCUGGGGGUUUUCAGAGCCCUAUGUGUGGGGAGGGGAGUGGGCUCCUUCAGGGUACCUUUCUAGGUCCUGGGAAUGGGGGGGACAUCUUUACCCCAGAUUUGCACUGCUUCAGCCCCAUCCCCAGCCUGAGCCCCUGCAGUCUUCCCUCUCUCCCACUCUGAAAAGGUGACUGGGGGAAGAGAGGAGCCAUUGGGACCAGGGGCUGAGAGGAGGCCUUUCCUGGGGUCCCUGAGAACUUGGGACUGGUCCAGGCCCCUGGGGCUUGUCAGCCGCCCUGGCUGAGUCCUGAGCCCUUGGCCUCCUUCCUUUCCCCUGUGGCUGGGAGGCUGCCAUCCGACCAAUGUCUGUAAAAUGCUUUGAGGUCUCCCCAGCAAAGCACCUUCAGGAUGCUUCUUAGAGCACAGGCAGGAGAGACCAGCUGGGUUGGGUCCAGGGUGGUGGGGAGGGUGAGGUAUAAUGCAGUAAUCCUGCAUUGCCAACACAGAGGGUCCCUCCCCUCCUAGCACUGGCCCAGCUGCAGGCACCAAGAGGGCCCUCCCCUGGGACAAGUGGGGAGUGGGGGAUGCAAGGCAGAUGAGGAGGGGCUUAGGGCUGCCGCUGUCAUGUCCUCUGAAGAGAGCCCAGCCAGGCCCAAGCCCCUUCCUCUCCUCAAGCUCCUGUCGCCCCGCCUUGUCCCAAGAAAGGCCCAAGUCCAGCUGACUGCCCUCCUCCUUUGUUGUAAAUACAACCAUGCAUUUGUACAGUGGGCCCUGUGCGUGUGAAGUCCAUUCCACGGUCUCUUAGACCUGCCCCCCGACACUUGUCCCUCCUACCCCACUGCGAGUGGGGCAGAGACGCAUGUGACUCACCCCUGCCCUUGGUCUCCCCGAAACCUGCUAUAGCCAGAGAUCAAUAAAGAAGGGAGACCAGGCC